GAAUCACAGCUUGAAAGAAUACGAAGAAUGCAACAAAAUAACCAAGCAGAAUGUAAAUAUUCAUUGCAUGGUUAUCUACUUGUAUUCCAGUAUUGGAUAUACGAAGCUUUUCCUAAAAUUGGACGACAUUUUGGUCAUCGUAUUCGUACAAGUUUAAAAUGUCCACGAAUGCAUAAAUGGCAGCCUCAAAUGGUAUUAGCGGAAAAUGUUAUUAAAGAAUUUUUAGCUACUGAAGAGAAUCAGUUAACCAACUGGAAAUCACAUAUGGAAUCAAUUGUAGCCUCUGUACAACAUGAUUUGCCCCCUCCAACAAAUCAAGCUGAAUUUGAAAUGCUUUCAACAUCUGAACAUGUAGAAGACGUCGAAAGAUCAACAAAAGAAAAAAAAAGGUAAGCAAAAAGAGACACAAUCUCCAUCACCAACCGCAACGAAUACUUUAAAAGAUUAUAACAUCGACAAAUACAAAAACAUUAGAGAAUGGAUAUCAGAAAAUCCAUCAGAGUAAGAUAUUAAAAUUAACUUCGUUAACUUAAAUAUUCUAUUUCGUAUUUUACUUAUUUAAUAACAAUUUCAUUUUUUCUUAUAUAGUGCAUACUAGAAAGAUGAAAUCGGCAAUCAAUACGCAAGACAUUCGCUGAUGAAUAUAAUAAAUCAAAUUAAAGAUAUAAAUAUUGUGGUAAGUCAACUUUAGCAAUUUUAAUUAAUUUUACUUCGUUAUUAAUAUAGCUAAUUUAAAUUUUUUUUACUAACAUAUUGAUAUAGAAUUAAAGCUAUUGCGAAGACUCAUUUAUGAUACAUCUUCCCCGAUUUCCAAAGAAUAUGCAAUCAUGGACUUUCGAUUCGAGAAUGAGUGUGUUCAUUGGUACACAACGAUCAAACGAGGAGCAACCGCUUCUGUGAAUAAUUUCCAGGCAUUAGAGCAAUACACAAAAGGAGAAUUACCUACAUUUGCUCGACCCUGGAUAACAUACAACUAUUUAUUGAUUCCAGUCGCAUAUCCAGGCAACAGUUGGUUUAUUUUUCUUGUUGAUUUUGAAAAGUGGAAAUUUCAAGUAUAUGAUUGCAGCCACAACAUUCAUACACCAGAUGCAAUCAAAUUACGUACAGCCCCAGUUUUGGAUGUAGUACAAUCAUUAUUAAUAGCUACUGACAUUUUCUUCGGGAAGCCAAAUUUACGAAAACAUAGAAAUAAACGUAUGAAAUUGGAAAUCAUACCGCAUCUACCUUCUCAAAAU